GGGUGGGGUUUUGCUCACUCUGUCCUUCCUCUCUGGACUGUAAGAAUAUGUCUCCAGAGCCGGUGUCUGUGCUGAUCGAAUCCCACCUUCCACGUCUGGGCAGCUUAAUGCAUCUGGGAAGCCGCCAGCAUUGAGUCAGGACUGAGGUGGGUGGUCAAUGAAUUGGAGCAACAAUGACUGGGUAGUGACAUGCCCACAGGUGAGGAGUACUGGGGAAAGGAGAGGAGAGGAGAAGACAUGGCUGCAGUAAUCCUAGAAAGCAUCUUCCUGAAGCGAUCACAGCAGAAAAAGAAGACCUCCCCUCUGAACUUCAAGAAACGACUCUUUCUCUUGACCGUUCAGAAACUCUCGUAUUAUGAGUAUGACUUUGAGCGUGGGAGACGAGGAAGUAAAAAGGGUUCAGUAGACAUUGAGAAGAUCACCUGUGUUGAAACAGUGGUUCCUGAAAAAAAUCCUCCCCCUGAGCGGCAGAUCCCGAGAAAGGGGGAAGAGGCCGGUGAGAUGGAGCAGAUUUCUAUUAUUGAGAGAUUCCCUUAUCCCUUUCAGGUGGUGUAUGACGAGGGUCCCCUCUACGUCUUCUCCCCAACGGAAGAGUUGAGGAAGCGUUGGAUUCACCAGCUCAAAAACGUGAUCCGGUACAACAGUGACCUUGUACAGAAAUACCACCCUUGCUUCUGGAUUGAUGGGCAGUACCUCUGCUGCUCUCAGACAGCUAAAAAUGCCAUGGGCUGUCAAAUCCUGGAGAAUCGCAAUGGAAGCUUAAAACCAGGAAGCUCUCACAGGAAGACCAAAAAGCCUCUUCCUCCAACCCCUGAAGAGGACCAGAUUCUAAACAAACCACUCCCUCCUGAGCCAAUAGGAGGUCCCAACCCCACAAAUGAGCUCAAGAGGGUUGUUGCCCUUUAUGACUAUACUCCGAUGAAUGCAAAUGACCUGCAGCUGCAGAAGGGUGAAGAGUAUUUUAUCCUGGAGGAGAGCACCUUGCCCUGGUGGAGAGCUCGGGACAAAAACGGACGGGAAGGUUACAUCCCUAACAACUAUGUCACCGAGGCAGAAGACUCCAUUGAGAUGUAUGAGUGGUAUUCCAAGCAUAUGACCCGGAGCCAAGCAGAGCAAUUGCUAAAGCAAGAGGGUAAAGAAGGUGGUUUCAUUGUCAGAGAUUCCAGCAAAGCAGGAAAAUACACUGUGUCUGUGUUUACCAAAUCAGCUGGAGAUCCUCAAGGGGUGAUCCGCCAUUACGUCGUGUGUUCCACCCCUCAGAGCCAAUAUUAUCUGGCCGAGAGGCACCUCUUCAGCACCAUUCCGGAACUCAUCAACUACCACCAGCACAACUCUGCCGGACUCAUCUCCAGACUCAAGUAUCCAGUGUCUCACCAGAACAAGAAUGCUCCCUCCACGGCGGGGCUGGGCUAUGGGUCAUGGGAGAUUGAUCCAAGGGACCUGACAUUCUUGAAGGAGCUGGGGACUGGCCAGUUUGGGGUGGUGAAGUAUGGGAAAUGGAGAGGCCAAUAUGACGUAGCCAUCAAGAUGAUCAGAGAAGGCUCCAUGUCAGAGGAUGAGUUCAUUGAGGAGGCCAAAGUCAUGAUGAACCUGUCACAUGAGAAACUGGUCCAGUUAUAUGGGGUCUGCACCAAGCAGCGUCCCAUCUUCAUCAUCACCGAAUACAUGGCCAAUGGCUGCCUCCUGAACUACCUGAGGGAAAUGCGGCACCGCUUCCAGACCCAACAGUUGCUGGAGAUGUGCAGGGACGUCUGUGAGGCCAUGGACUACCUGGAGUCUAAGCAGUUCCUUCACCGAGAUCUAGCUGCUCGAAACUGUUUGGUCAACGACCGAGGGGUUGUCAAAGUGUCUGACUUCGGUCUCUCCAGAUAUGUCUUGGAUGAUGAAUAUACCAGCUCGGCAGGAUCCAAAUUUCCAGUUCGGUGGUCUCCACCAGAAGUCCUCAUGUAUAGCAAGUUCAGUAGCAAAUCUGACAUCUGGGCUUUUGGGGUUUUGAUGUGGGAAAUUUACUCUCUGGGGAAGAUGCCGUAUGAGAGAUUUAGUAACAGCGAAACAGCAGAACACAUUGCCAAAGGCCUCAGGCUCUAUCGGCCUCAGCUGGCUUCAGAACGAGUGUAUACCAUCAUGUACAGCUGCUGGCACGAGAAAGCAGAUGAACGCCCCACUUUCAAACUUCUUCUGAGCAACAUUCUGGAUGUGAUGGAUGAAGACUCCUGAGCUGUUCAGCCCACCUCUCAGUUCCUUUCAUCUCCCCUCCCUGCUCCAUUUGCUCACUCAGUUUUCUCUGAAGAAAUUCCAGGCUUCCAGGGCCUGGGUGGGAAGGGGAAGGGGAAGGGGGAGGGGAA